UCUGCCUGGUCGUUCGUUGGUCAAUCGCUUUUUUUUUUUUUUGAAAUCCUGAGCCCCAUAAUUUGUUCGACAUUCGGACACUAAGCUUUCUAAUCAGUCAGUGUUGUUUUUGCCGUUCGACGCGCGAGACUUAGCUCUCCUUGGUCCAAGACUUGGAAACAAUUUUCAUAAUGGACAUAUCAGCAUUUAACGACUAUGAUGGGCGCAAAGAGGCACUGGAUCUCAGCCCUCGAACGGUCUCCCCACCCACUUCAAAGCCCUCGUGUUUACCUGAACACCCCAAGCAGAAUCAUGUUCAGCCUCCCUUGAUGAGGGGAGGUGACAUGUCAACCUUUGGAAGAAGCUCCAUGGCCUUCCCAAUGCGAUUUCCAAUGAAUCUACAAAGGGCGGGAGACCCGGUGAUUUUGGAUCGCCUCAUCAAGGCCAACUUGGCUUUAUCCAAUCUUAAGAGCAACAAUGGUCCUGGGUUCCCGUUCCUUGGUCUGGGAUCCAUGAGGUUUGCUCCUUCACCCGAGUGCCCUUUGCCGAGGUCUCCUCCCAACGAGCUCCACAGGGUGUCUCAGGAGUCCAUACAAUCUUACAAUCAAUUCCGGGAGAGCAUGCUAUGGCAAUUUCGGCACAGCAAGGCCAAACGUAAACGUAGAGAUUCGAACGGGUCUACAGCUGAGGAUGACAACAAAUCGCUCUCAUCGUCGCCCAACUCACCCGCAACCUCGGUUGACACCUCCCCUGAAGUCAAUUCUCAGCCCCAAUCCAAGAAGUCUCGGCGGGUGGAAGAAAUCAAGGACGAGGCGUAUUGGGAGCGUCGGAAGAAGAAUAAUGAGGCUGCCAAGCGAUCACGAGAUGCUCGGAGGGCCAAAGAGGACGAGAUUGCCAUUCGAGCCGCGUUUUUGGAGCAAGAGAACAUCCAGUUGAAAUGGGAGGUGGCCCGAAUGAAGUCAGAAACUGGUCGCUUGCGGGCCCUGAUCCUGAACGACUCUGCUUCGGAUAGUUCGGAGCUUCAUUCUGUCAUCAUGGAUAAUGGCUCGUAAUUUACAUGUGGAAUUCUUCGGUCUCCUGUCCUUUUGUCCUUUAUUUUCUCCAUCAUGCACCUUUCAAGUGGUUACUUUGAACACGUUAAAUUUGUAUGUGAACGUAGACUUGAAUUUUAUUCCGUUUGAUCUCUUGCCUCAAAAAACACCCUUGUGAUACAACUUUUCUUUUUACGAAAAUGAUGACUCUCAAUGCCUAUACAUCUUUGUAAGUGUUUCUCAAGCAUUAUUUCAAAAGUCUUUCAUGUUGUAAAAAAUGGAUAGGAUUUAUUCCCAUUGUUUCCGUGCCUGAAAUUGCUCAAAAUGAAUUUGCAUUACUCUUGAAUGUGCGUUCUUGCGCCAAAGCUUCUGUGCUCUAACAUGAUUACAAAAGUUGAAUUGAGCAUUAUUUAAAUAUAUGCCUUCACAUUAUCAUAACGCGUCAUUCCUGAGUGCCUUUUCGAAUAAACAUAUUUAAUCAUUGGUCAUAAUUGC